AUGGAAAGUGAAACCAAACUCUCACGAACAGCUAAAUCGCAGAGACUUCCAGACGAUGUCUUAUUCGACGAAAUACUCUCAAGACUUCCCGUUCAGAAUCUUAUGCAAUGCAGAUGCGUAUGCAAACCAUGGCAUUGUAAGAUCUCCGAUCCCCAUUUCAUCAAAACCCAUCUCCACCGAUCAACCGAAUCACUCGACAGCCAAAGACUCAUGGUCACACAUCCCUCCAAUGACCACUUUAUCUCCCUUGACUGCAAAUCUUUUUAUGAAUCGAAAAGGGUCGAUUCGCCUUGGAAGACCUCGUACUCCUAUGCCGAGGUAUUGUGUUCUUGCAAUGGUUUGUUUCUUUUGUGUUUUCAUUUCACAGCCAAUGAAGAUUGUAGCAAGGAUUUUGUUUUGUGGAAUCCAAGUAUUCGAAAGCAUGUGAUGUUUUCAUGCCCUUAUAAUUCUAUAUAUUCUGUUUCUAAUGACAACCUUUAUGGGCUGUGUUUUGAUUCAUCCACGAAUGGUUAUAAAGUGAUUAUCUUGUCGAAAGGUUUUGGAAUUUUUGUGUGGGUGUUUGAUUUGAAAACCCUUUCCUGGAAAGAGAUAAGGGAGUUUUCUUUUUCAAUUUCGUCUUGUGAGAAUGGGGUUCUUGUGAAUGGAGCUCUGCAUUGGAUUAUGACUUAUGAAGAGUGUUAUCCUCCUGUGAUUGUUUAUUUUGAUUUGAUGGAGGAAAAGUUUAAGGAGGUGCCGAGUCCGGAUUAUGCGAGCAAUAAAAUCAGUUUGGUGGAUUUGAAAGGAUGGCUUGGGGUAUAUGGAGUGACUGAUCAAACCCAAGUUGAAGUAUGGGCAAUGAGAGAAUAUGGGAAGAAGCAAUCAUGGAGUAAAUUGAUUACCUUCACGGCUAUGAUAGGAGGCCUCUUUUUACCCUCCUUGAAGCCUUUGUGUUUGACGAAAACAGGUGAAGUUUUGGUGGAAAUUGGCAACAGGAAACUAGACAAGAAAAUAGCAGCAUACGAUCCAAAAGAAUGUAUGUUCAAGUCUACAAAGUGCUUUUGGGACUUUCAUAGGUUGGGAGCGGUUCCGUAUGUGGAGAGUCUAGUUUUACUGAAUAAUGGCGAUGACACUACUAAGGUGUGA